AUGGCCACGUCGUUUUUAUGGCGCCAGACGCCACCUCUGGACGUCGCGUGCGGCGACCCGAGCGACGGCGGCGACUACUGCGGCGACUCGACGACGCUCCACGUCUCGAGCAGCGGCGACAGCACGAACGGCGAGGCGCUCGCGCCCGGUGAGACGGUCGGUCUCUUGUCCAAGCCCGCGCUCGUGCUCUACUUCCAGUCGAUCGUGUCGACGUUCAUGCAGAACGUUCUGCCGCCGCUCAAGCUCUACAUCUUCAUGGCCUAUCUGCACAGCUCUGCGGACCACUACGCGCAGCUCGCGGCGCUUGAGAACCUCGCGUGGUCGCUCCGCGUGCUCUUCGCACUCCUCUCCGACUACCUCCCGGUCUUUGGCCACCGCCGGCGCUUCUGGCUCAGCCUUGGCUGGGUGCUUACGUGCGUGAGCCUCGCCAUCAUGGGCUUCUCUUCGUUCGGGUCGCCGUUCUGCGACCCGAAGGACUACCCAACGUGCUGGAACCCCAAGGCCAACACGACAAAAGCGGCCUAUGACUUUGCUGCACCAGGCCGCGUCGCCUGGUACCGCGCACCGACCUUCUUUGCGACGCUUGGUGUCGUCCUCGUCACUGCCAACGUUGACGGCCUCAUGGUCGAGUACGCGCAGCGCGAGCCGAUCGCAACGCGCGGCCAGAUCCAAGCCGUUGUGUACGCGCUCACGGGCACGGGCGGCCUCGCGGCGCGCUUCUUCAUCCAGCUCAUGCUCAACGGCAAGCGCUACGGCGGGACGUACGACUGGUCCGUGGGCGCCAACUUUCCGUACCUUCUCAGUCUCGGCGGUGGUCUCGUCGCGCUUGUGACGGCGCUGGUGUUUGUGCACGACAGUCCUCGGCCGUUUGUGCCGCUUCGCCAAUGGCUCCAUGGUCUCUGGUUGCUCUUGACCAACCGCGCCGUGUACCAGCUGCUCAUCUUCCGGUUCUUCUACUACCUCUUCAACAACGUGUACGGCAACCCGCUCUUGGCGUUUGGCAUCCCGCUCGUGCGCUGGGUCGACAACCUCGACAUGGGCUGGAUCAACAUCACGCCGCGCCUCCUCUUCGUGCCCAUGACGGGCUACGUCGGUCGGGCCGGUCUGCAGUGGAACUGGCGCUACGUCGCGGCCGGCGCCACCGGCGUCAACAUUGCACUCAUGGCGUUUGCGACGUUUUUCGUGAUUUACGACGUGUGCCGCAACGCGUGGUUCUACACGGCCGUCGUCGUCCUCACGGGUGUCCCCGUCGCCAUCAAUUAUCUUCUCCAGGGCCUUGUCAUGGUCGAGCUCGCGGGCGUUGGGUACGAAGCGAUGAUCGCCGCGCUCUGGGCGACGAUCAAAGACCUCAACGUUCCAAUCGCGCUCAAGUGGCACACGUUUAUCGCCGACCAGUUUCCCGUUCAGAGCAUGCUUCUGAAGGACGACGACCACACCCGCGACCAGGUCGCGUGGACCCACGCGAUUUCGUUUGCGAUUCAAAUCGUCGGCCUCGCGUGGUUUCUUCUCGUGCCGACCCAGAAGCUUGCGAUGCGUGCGCUCAAGCACGGCGCGGCCUCGCGCCUUGGCGGCGCGGCCGUCGUUGUCGGGUACUUUGCGAUGCUCGUGUUCCUGUGGCAACAAAACAUCGACAGCUACAGCAACUAA